AUGCUGCAAAUAUUUGUAAAAAUUCAGUCAUUGGACAUGAAAGCUGCACUUUACUCUAAUGCAAUUUACCUAUCCACCCUGAAAUUGAUUUAGUCUUUCUGUGAUAAAAAGUUGUGUUAAAAAAAAAAAAAAAAAAAAAACAGUAAAAGAACCAAAACUUACAUUUCCCAUUUUCUCUCACUGUAAUAAAAAAAAAAAGUGAAAAUGUGCCCCCUUAAAUUCAAGGAGAAAAAUAAGAUUUCACCUGAAGAACAACUGCAGACCCAAAGACUAAAUCGAGAUAUGGGUUAUUUUUACCUGUUUGUGGCCAGUAUUGUGGCCAUCGCCUGGCUACUUGGUGCAUUUGGUUUUUCCUUUAUAUGGACGUUGGGUCUAAUUGGAAUUCUGUUUAGCAUUUGGAAAACUAAACUGUUUAACCUGAUACGUAAGAUAUCCAGCUUGGAACAACUUGCUGUGCACAGGAAACGUGCAUUACGUCAAAAUGAGACAGCUGAAUGGCUAAACUUUCUUUUCAAUCGUUGGUGGGUGUUUAGUUCAACUUCCAUCCAAGAUCUGGUAAAAAGAAGAUUAGAUGAUCGAAUGAUGAAUAUCAAGCCAGCAUUUUUGAAACAACUUGAACUUCUGACGUUCAGCCUUGGAAUAAACACACCAACUGUUCGGCACAUUCGAGUGUUUGAAUAUGCUGAAGGAGUACCAAGAGGUUCAAAGACCCUAGCUUGGCUGGACAUCACCAAACCACCACCUGGUCUAGAGAACAAAUCAUCUUUCAAGGUGGUGGUCGAAGUUGAUGUAGAUAUGAUCAGUGAAGACUUCCGGAUGAUCUUUAAAGUUGGACUUGGCGCGAGAAACAUUGGUUUCAAUGUAGCUAUAGAAGAGCUGACAAUUCGAGGAACUCUACAGAUCAACCUAGAUAUGUCUAUGGACACACCAUUUCCCCAUUUCUCUAAAGCCACAGUAUAUUUUACUGAGACCCCUGAUGUUUGGUUCAAUAUCAGUGUGAUGGGUGGGCUUCAAGUUAUGGAGAUGCCACUGUUGAAAACCUGGAUUCAUACCCAUGUCAAAGAAGGAAUCACCAAAGCUCUGGUUGAUCCAGCAAAGCUGGAUGUUAGUCUUGCCUCUGUUGGACCAGUCCAGUAUCAACGCUCUAUGGUGAAACGACAGUGUGCACAAGGUGUCCUAACCGUACACAUAAAAGGUUACCCCAAACCCAACAUAGACAAUGGCCUUGACGAUGUGGUCUACACAGUACUUAGACUCAGUGAUCAUAAGCGUCAAUGUCCUGAGGUCUAUGAUUCACAAAACUGGGAGGAUAUUUGUUCCUUUUUGGUCAGUGAUCUGUCAACAGAUAAGCUUCAUCUAAAAUACAAAUGCAAACGCUUAUUGACCAGUGUUACACUCGAAGAACAUGAAAUAUUACUGUCUCAGUACCCAUUCCAAAUAAAGGGAGAAGUAGAUACCAUUCUUGAGAACAAAGAUGGCAGCAAAUUGUAUUUGUCUCUCCAGUAUACCCCUCUGGCACCAAUUAAACUCGAAUCAAGCAUUAAAGAUGAACAGGUCAUAAAAGAUGUGGCUGGUGUUCUAUAUGUCCAUAUCCAUGGUGCUACUAAUCUACUAGCAGCUGACAAAAAUGGUACCUCUGACCCCUAUUGUGUCGUUUUCUCAGAAAGAAGAAGAAUUGUUACCACUCCAUAUGUUCCACGAUCUUUAAAUCCAAGAUGGGAAACCUAUUCUGAGUUUUUUGUUAAAGAUUUCACUAAGACCAAAUUAAGUUUCUAUGUCUUUGACUGGGAUGGAAGAAAUAUCAUUGAUGAUGAUUUUCUUGGCUGUGCCUUCCUUGACGUACAUCAGGAUAAAUGGAUUCGCAACUCUGCUAAUGAAUGGACACAUCAGAAGGAAAAUGUUUGUAUCCGGAAAGCUCUGUCCCUUGGAAAUGACAGGCCUUCAUCUGGCUUUGUGGCAGAUAAAUCCUUAGGUUACGUCAUCGUAUCGGUGAUAUUUCGUCCUGUUCCAUCAGUGGCUAAAUCCGAAAACUACCAGCCCUUCCAAACCAAUUUCUCCCAGAAGCUAUAUGUUGAAGACAAAGUAUCUCCACAAUCUGUGUCACCAUCACAGAUUGAACCAAUUAACAGUGACAACAUAGACAAGGCUGAAAACAAGAAUUCAAGACAGUCACUAGCUUUCAUUGAGAAAUAUUUAGAAGGUAAAACUUUUGUGGACUUCAAAAUUAUUCAAGCUAAGAAUUUAGAAUCAAAAGAUAGAAAUGGAUUCAGUGACCCAUUUUGUGAGGUGAUGCUAGGUAAGAAGAAGCUAUUCAAGACAUCUGUGAAAAAGAAGACACUGUUCCCCAUAUGGAAUGAGAGUGCCACAUUGGAGUUACCAGAUGACAAUAAUACAACUAUUGAAUUGGUUCUCUCCGACAAAGAUCUGAUAUAUGAUGAUUUCCUUGGGAAUUUAACGUUAACUGUGAGCAAGAUGAAAGAGAUGUCCCUCAAUGGACAUCCUGAGUGGUUCCCCCUUUCAAAAUGUAAAUCUGGUUCCCUACAGUUACAGUGUACAGUAACUUCAAAGGAUACAUUGGAGAAUGGUAAAACAGAAAAUGUAUCCUCUGAAGAUUUAAACCAUGAUGUCUCAAAAUCAAAGACCACCAAAUCACCAACACAAUCAUCUUUACAGGAAGAAUUAUCAUAUGGCCGAAGUUCAUCAGACACACAUAUUGCUUCUCCAGGAAGUUCGAGGUCUGUCUUAAAAUCUAACAACCACCUCAAUAGGAAAACUUCCCUAACCCGUACUGUUUCACAUAACUUUCUAAGGCAACAGAAUGCAAGAUGGUCCCUGCUUGGUUCCUCUAUAGUCAAUUUCCGCAAGGCUAGCACCAUGCUGCAGCCAUCGGCAUCAAUUAACUCUAUUGGACCUGCUUGCUACCCACCUGAAGAUGGCAGCUCACUUGAUGGCAGUAUAUUAUCUGCAGACAAAUACUACAGUGUAAGUGGCACAGUAGUGCAGGGACGCCACCUAAUGUUGCUAGAAGGAGAUGUUUACUGUAAAGUCAGGUUGCAAACGCACCAUCUCUCAAAUGCGCGAACUAAAUUACGAUCAAGCGGGAGGAUUCUUGGCCGUUCCACCACUGUUAAAGCCCAGCUUGAACCUCAGUUCAACUUGAACUUUGAAGUUGACCGAGGAGCUGGUGUCUCUGCAGAAGCAUUGCUUGUUUUUGAUAUGAAGAAAGCAACCAAAGAACAUCUAGCUUCAAAAGGUUUCACUAUACGAGAAUUGCUGGGAGAAAAUGAAAGUGGUACAGUCCGUAAAUGGUUGACGCUAAACAACAACAUAGAACUUGAAGUAGAACUGGUACACGGUAAACCUGAUUCCAACCAUCAAAAGAAACCUGGCAUAUUUCGCAAUUUCUCAUUUCGCAAGGACAAACAACAUUAACAAAUAACAAUACACAGAAACAAAAAAAAAACAUUCAUAAAACACUUAUUUUUUUUAAUUUAUUUAAUUUUCUUGUUUGUCAUUGUUUUUGUAUAUUUUUCUCUGAAUUUAAUAUCAUAUUUUAAAUGUCUUGUUCAUUAAAUUUUCUGUGUAUCUGAGUGUGUGACUCAUCAUCGUCAUCAUCAUCAUCAUCACCAUCAGAGUCGUGAAUUGGCAGAAUCAUUAGAGCAUCAGACAAGAUAACUCAUGAUAUUUGUUCUGGCUCUUUAUGUUCAGAGUUCAAACCUCACUGAUGUAAAAUUUUGCCUUUCAUUCUUCCAGGGUCGAUAUAAUAAAGUACCGGUCAUAUUCUGGGAGUCAGUGAUAUCAACAAAUCCCCUUCCCCAAAAUUAUUGAUCUUGUGCCCAAAUUAGAAGUAGUUAUUAUUAGGGGCAGUGGAUCAGUAGAGUUUCAGAUAAAAUAUCUUGUAAUAAUUUUUCUGGUUCUCACUAAAGUUCACAUUGCCUUUCAUUUUUUUCAAGAUCAAUAAAAUAAAGUUCCAGUCAGGUACUGGGAUCAAUGCUCUGGGUUCAAAUCCUGCUGAGGUCAAAUUUGCCUUUCAUUCCUCCAGGGUUGAUAAGAUAAAACUCAGUCAAGUAUUGGGGUCAAUAGCAUUUACUCCUCAAAAUUGUUGACUUUUUGACUAGACACAAUCAAAAAUAAAAUAAAAUAAACCUUUUUUUUUCUUCUGUCAUUAUUAAGGUAGUGGAAUGGCAAAAACAGUAGAAAGCCACACUGAAUGCUCAAAUCCCAACAGGAUCAACUCUAAGGCUUGGUAAAAUACUAAUCAAUGGAUAGCUAAUAACAGAUAGCACUUAUAAUACAGAAUUACAAAACAGAAAUCCAGUGUAGAUUGGGGUAAACAGAUGAAGCAACUGAGAGCACCCCACACACAAUCCUGAAUUACUUGCCAAAGGCAAGUGCCUUCUCCUAGUUCUUGCCGCCAGCCCAGUUGUUAAGUUAACAUGGAUCCAAUUAGCCAUGCUGUUUUUGUCACUCUCACCUUUUAUAAAAUUUAUUAGACAGCAAUAUUUCCCUCUCUAUUUUCACCUACACCCUCAGAAGUUGAUUGAGGGUUUGGCUUGAGAGGAAAAGUUGAGUCCUUAAACAUUCAAAUCACAUCCACCAUAUUAACUCCUUUGUCAUAACUACCUGACAAUGGAAGACUACCUGCUCUUCCUUGUCAAAGGGUAGGCCGAGGCUCAGCUAAUAGCAGGGACCAUCCUGCAUGUGAUAAUGGCUGACCAGCAAAACCCCACACAUUAGCAAUGCAUGAACACCGAACAAAACAAAUGCAUACCACAUAAGCUCUUGAGCCAGACAUUCUGGUUACUGGUGGUUCCAAUGUGACCAUACCUGCAGAGUUUAUCCCAAACAGGUAAUGUGAAAUACAUCCAGUAACCACAUGGCUCUAAGUUCAAAUCUAGAUACUGUCACUGUUUUGUACCUCCGAACAACAGAACCAGAACAGACAGAACUGUGCUUCCUCCACUCCGGUUAUCCUGACUGAAUAAAGGACAGCUUCCAAUUGCUACUUUACAGAUGAGUGGUUUGUGGUAGGAAGAAAAGCAUCCAACUGUAAAAACCAUUACUCUACCAAAACACUCCACCCACCCAUGCAAGUUUGGAUAAGUGGAUGUAAGACAGUUAAAAGUUUUUGUCUUUUUCAAAUGUCUCAUCUUUCAAAAUAUCUUUUUCUCUUUUUCCUUGUAUGAAUGAUUGAGGAAAGAAACCAAACUGUACUGGAAUAAAUAUCUUUCAGUGCUUAGUUUUGUUCCUCUGUUUUUUUGUUUUUUUUACUUCAAGUUUUACUAAAGUUGAUAAUACCAACUUCAUACAAUCACCAAAAUUUGAGGUAUUGUGCUAUUGUUAGAAAUCAUUAUGUUCUGAGAUCAAAUAACAUUGCUAUCAACUUUAUCUUUUAUACUUCAACAGUCAAUUAAAUACAUUUUCUCUCUAA